AUGGUGGUUUCUGGAUUGCUCAACAUUCGCCCCCGCUCAUUGCCCACAAAAAUUGUUCUGUUUGGUCUUAUCAUCGCCUGCGCAAUCACCCUCUACACAUUCUCUUCUCCAAACUCUUUUCGCAUAUCAGACUGGUCCUCGAUAUUCUCACAGCAGCGACAGCACAGUUUUUGCACUCCAGAACAGUGGUCGAGCGGGCGCUGGGUAUAUAGCCCGACGUCUGACUUGGAGAAUUUGACGCGUCCAGAACAGGCACUUUCCCUGGCUGGCUUUGAGGGAUGUGCUGCAGACCGUGAAUACCAUUGGCAUUUGGGCACAGACCACGAAGAAGAAUGGGGCAGAUUUCCCAACGUCUCUUCAUACAGAUGGGUGCCUUCGAGCCAGUGCAAUGUGCGCCCGCUCAAUGGCGCAGCGAUGGUCAAGGACAUGGUGGAGAAUGGCGGGUGGCUUUUACUUGGGGACUCUAUAACUGAAAAUCAUUUCUUCUCACUGUCGUGCCUGCUGUACCCGCACGUCCGCGCGACUCCGAAUUAUACGGAAAACCCCUUCUUCGACCGCGCAUGGCAGCAAAAUUUAUACCUGUCCCCUUCGUCACCCUUAAUUCCUGAAAUUGACCUACCGGAGGGCUUCUCGAUCGAGAAUACACCACUCGUUUCAUUCCGACGUGUUGACCUGCUUCUCAAUCAAGCAGAUUUAAACGAAUUGUAUCAUAGUUCAGCAUUUCCUGGUGAACUCACCCACUCGGCUAGUCAAGAUCCCAGCUCUCAACCAACUAAGGCAGAGUCAGUAUUUGGCGAUGACCAGGUUUGGUCGCUUUCACCCUCAGAAUACAUGCCCACCUUCCUUGAUUCACCCCCAGAUGCCAACUAUGGCACGCUGGUUGUGAGUACUGCCGGACACUGGACGACAAGCACUCUGGGCGCAUUCCGCGACGAUGACGCUGGAGAAGAUGCUGGUUACGGUAUCCAGAAUAUACUCGCGUUCUUCAAGGUCGCGAUGCGGACUUGGGCAGGUCAAGUUCAGGAUGCCAUAACAGAAUACCAUAUAAACGGGGGCAAACGUCCAAAACAGGUGGUCGUUAGAGCGUAUCUCCCUGGUCAUGAGAAUUGCCAUAACAUCUUCGAGCCCACGGAAUCAAUCACACCAUGGGUCUUCAAGUGGUACAAUUGGCCGUGGAUCCAGGACUUUAACACAGAAUUCCAGGAACUGCUGUCAUCAUCCGAGUUUCCGGAUAUUCACUUUCUUCCCAUUGAGAGACCGGGACGAUUGCGCCCUGAUGCUCAUGCCUCCGGAGAUUGUUUGCAUCUCAUGUCAGGUGCUGGUGUUCUCGAGGGAUGGUCGCACUACAUCUGGCAUUUUGUUACACGCGAAGUCCGGCAGAAGGAUCCGAUGACCCCGCCCUCCCCACCGUAA